AAUAAACCUCAUAUUCCUGGAACAGGAGUUAUGAAUAUGGAAGACAAGGUCACAAGUUUAGUUAAAAGAGUUACUCAAGCUAUAUUUGGGCUAUGAAAUCUCAGAAGUUACUAUCCUUGCUUUACAAACUCAAAGAUUGAAGAAGAAUUACAACAAAUGAUGCACAAGAAACAUCAGGACCAUCUUAACUUCGGAUGGCAUGUGGUAUACAUGUUGCAGCAUCUACUAGGACUUCUAAUCUUUGCAAGCUGAUUUAUGGAGGAUUGGUCAGACCCAGGGUUUCAGAUCCAUUUCUGUUUCAGCAUAUUUUUCACAGGUCUGGUCAAUGUUGUAAAGCUAGUCGAGACUCGACUCAAGAAAGCUGUCCAUUACUUCCUCCCAUGACUUCUAUUUUUAGUUGGAAACGCUCUCAUUAUUGAAAACUGUCUUUUUGAAGAAUUCAAGAUCUAUGAAAUGUGGAUUAUCUGGUAUAUGGAAGCGCUUGCCUUUUCAUUAUGUUACUGAUUCCAUCCAAUAUGAAUUAUAAUUCCAUUCAUCCUUGUCCAGUGUGAAUUUCUGCUAAUGGUUUAUCUGAAUUUUGGGAAAAUAAAUGGACCUUUGAUCACAGUCAUCAUAUUUUGAGUUUUUAUGUUCCUUGGAAUCUCUAUGUUUAUUUCCUACAUCUUUAAAAGCCAAAUCGAGCUUAUUUAUCAGAAUCAAGAGCUCUCUCAAACUAUAAAAUAUAUUCUGCAGGUUCUCCCCGAAGGUGUCCUCAUCAGUUCUUUCAAAAAUGGUAAACCCACAAUCAAAUAUGCCAACGAGAAGGCCCAAGAACAGCUGUUUGAGAACCAGCCUCUCGAAGACACUCCGACCAGUCGCAUCAAGCUUCGGUGCAAAGAGUCUCCGAAAUGAGACUUGAGUCUGGAUGCCUCCGAGUUCGACCAGCCAGCUAUCAAGAUAGGCAGGAUUCUCGACCAAAUCCAGCACGAAAUUGACAGGACCCAGGCUCCGGUGAGCAAGCAGAUCCAGGUCGAGGUUGCCGACAACACUCACGCCAGUCUACAGACCAGCUUCGUGUACACGCUGAAGUCGAUCCCUGUGAACUGGGACAAGUGCGACAGAGCCUACUUGCAUGUGGUCUCAGACAUUACUUCGCUCAAGGAGCUGGAGAAGCAGAAGGCCACCAACCAGUGCAUGCACAUCAUGUUCUCGAGCGUGUCCCACGAGUUCAGAACUCCACUGAACUCUUUUGCAAACACGCUGAAGUUGCUCGGAGUACACCUCGGAAACUUAAAUGACCAGAUUUGAAAAUUUCAGGUUCCCCCAACCGAGAAAGCAAGCCUUGAUGAAUGAUUUCACUCUUGCAGCAAGUUCUUGAAGGUGGGCACCAUCUCUGCCAAAGUGCUCGAGAACUUGGUUGAAGACGUUCUCGACUUUGCAAAGAUUGAAGCAGGAGUGUUCAGUCUCAGUUCUGAAACAUUCUGUGUAAAAACCCUGAUCGACGAACUCAGCUACAUCUUCCGAGUGCAGUGUGAGACCAAAGGCCUCCGCUUUGAGGUGUUCUGAGACCAAGAGACUCGAGACUUCGAGUUCUACAGUGAUCUGUCCAGGAUCAGGCAGGCCCUGAUGAACCUGGUCUCGAACUCGCUCAAGUUCACAUCAAACGGGUCCAUCCGAGUGAUGAUUACUCCUUUCAAAAGUCUGGAGAAUGAUGGUAAGUCCGGCCUCAAAUUCCAAGUCAGUGACACCGGAGUGGGGAUAUCGGAAGAAGACCAGAAGAACCUGUUCAAACUCUUUGGCACAGUCAGCAAGCACAAAGAGACUUUAAAUUUGAAAGGAACAGGUCUUGGACUCACAAUCACGCACAAACUUGUGACCUUGCUGGGAGGCAAGAUUAUCCUGAAAUCGGAGGAAGGCGUUGGAACAACUAUUGAGUUCACUGUCAAAGAGGCUACUAGAAUAAAUCAAGGUUUAGAAGAAAGUAAAGGAGAAAUUAUAAACCAAAUAAACCGGGAAUUUAACAUUAUACAUUCUCGCGGAAGAGGUUUCUCCUUGGAGUCAAAAUAUAACUCUCAGACAAGCGAAAAGGAGUACUGUGACAAUCUUGGCUACGUUCAAAACAUUCGUUCUAUGAAGAUAAAUUCAUUUGAAUUUAACAGCAAAUCAAUGAGAUAAGAUUUUUUAAAGGUGGAUAUUUUAAAUAACG